AUGGAGGAGUACAUCGUUUUUGACAAAGCUUUGACCAAGGCCGACCACGUCGUUCUGCAGAGCUUAGCCCGGGAUAUCAAAACGGCCAGCUCCGUAAGAUCUAGAAAAUCCAAGGGACGCGAUUCCGAUUGCGACUCUGGCAUAGGAUCUGAGGAGAGCUCUUCCAGUGGGGACGAAGCCAAGGCAUUUCCCCCGCAAGAUGAUGCCACGACAGACCAAGACAUCGCCGCACUCAAGGCGUCAAGGAAUCCUAAAAGUGCCGCAUUCGAACCCACGAUCGUCCUGUCAGUCGAUGAUUGUGACGCUCAUCUUCACCCGCUACUCAACAAUUACUUGCUGCAGCCAUAUAUCCAGCUGGCUCGGAGGAUUGUGCGCCAUGAGACAGAUGUAGCUAUGCUAACACACCUCAUCAUCUAUUUCACCACGUCGGUGCCUAGUGCACUGGUGCUCUUCCGACACUUCACCUACACACACGCCGUGCUCCAUUUCGUUAUGCAAAUGUACUACGUGGGAACCUAUACUUUGAUGCAACACCAACAUAUUCAUCAACGGGGCAUAUUGGCCAAGACGUACGGCCUCUUUGACAGAGCCUUUCCUUACAUCCUCGACCCGCUCAUGGGCCAUACAUGGAAUUCCUACUACUAUCACCACGUGAAGCACCACCAUGUGGAGGGCAACGGACCAGAUGACCUGUCAUCGACUAUUCGAUACCAGCGUGACAGCGUCCCCGACUUUCUUCACUACGUCGGACGAUUCUUCUUCCUCGUGUGGUUGGAUCUGCCCUUGUACUUUUUAGGUAAGAAUCGACCCGGCGUGGCGAUCAGAGCAGCUGGUUCUGAGCUCGCAACCUACGCGUACUACUACUUCAUGUACCGGCUUGUGGGCACCAAGGCAACCCUUUUCGUGUAUAUUCUUCCCUUCGUCAUGUUGAGAAUGGGUUUAAUGGUUGGAAAUUGGGGUCAGCAUGCGUUUGUGGACAGUGAUGAGCCGGAUUCCGACUUCCGGUCCAGCAUCACCGUGGUUGAUGUUGCAAGUAACCGAUUUUGCUUCAACGAUGGUUACCACACGUCUCACCAUCUCAACCCCCUACGCCACUGGCGAGACCACCCUAUCUCAUUCCUUGAGCAGAAACACACAUACGCCAAAGAAGGCGCCCUCGUGUUUCAUGAUAUUGACUUUCUUAUGAUUACCUUCCGUUUGUUGCGCAAGGAUUACGAACAUCUUGCCAAGUGUCUCGUGCCGAUGGGAAACCAGAUCCAUCUCACAAUGGAUGGCCGGGUGAAGCUACUAAAAAGGCUGACGAGGAAGUUCACAGAGGAGGAAAUUGCAGAAAAGUUUCGAAAAGUUCAGUAA